ACUCCUUUCUUAUGCAUUUUGCGUUGGCUAUAUUCUACCAUGUUUUUGUCUCAUUUGACCCUUCUAUUUUCCUCAUUUUUGUUUUCUUUCUUCCUUCUUCAAUUCUGUAUCAUCUUCCCCUUCUAUUCCUCUUUAUUUGUUCUCAGUGUUGUUGGUUUCAUUCUUUGGAAGUGGGUCUAUGGAUGUAUGCGUGUCCUGGGCACGUACCGCCUCUGCCCUCCCAUGGGUUAUUUUUUUUUUAUUUUUUUUUGUUUCCUUGGUAAUCGUUUUAGAUGCAACGUGUUUAUCACCGCUUCUAUCGGCCAAUAUCUAUCUUCCAUUUGUUCCUCCACCUCUUCACCGCUUGUCGGUGGUUCCCGCUGCUCACCUCUCAUUUGGAACAUAGAUUGCACCACAAAACCUCCAAUUCAGACUGUUCAUGGAGUAUGCUUAAUCCGACAACUGUCAUCGUUUUAACCGAUUCACCGCCUCAAAACCCUCUUCAUCUGCUUCUCACUCUGUUCACCACCUCAAAACUCUCUUCGUUUGCUUCUCACGCUAUUUUCUUCCAAUUCCAAUAGAUCUAUUUGCUUCCAAUUCCAAUCGAUGUUGGCAUCGACAGGAGUCGGUUGAUUCCAUCCUUUAUUUUGCAUCCCCGUUUGGUGUCUGGUUUGCUCCAAUCUUCUUUUGUUUCGGAUUUCGAGUGGAAAAGAAUAAGUGAGGUGCAGAGGUUGUACGCCAACGAUGGGGAAAUCAUCUGUUUUAGUUCUUCACAACACGAGUUAGGGUUUAAAAUUGAAGGCUUUGACUUUCUUUGUUCCUAACACCUUCCAUCACCGACCCUCGAAAGCAUGCUUUAGAAAAAAGUCUUCUUUUUUUAGAUGCCGAUUCUCGAUUUUGCGUUAGGUCACUAGAUCGUUCACCAACUCAGAUUGAAGCACUCGGAGAUGCUAUAUGAUAUAGCUGGAAGAGAGACAAACCAACAACGCCUUUUUGCUGAUGUUUUAAAGCUUCAUCACCCUCCACCGUUGUAUCAUUCAACCAGGAUGUGGUAAAGAAGGUAAUACUUGAACUCUUGUAUAUAAACUGAACUCUUCCAUAUAAACUGAAAGGGGAAGUUGGUCCUGAAGCUCUCUGAUGGGAAAGAGGUAAAUACUCAUGGGUUCGACUUUUUUUCAUCGUGUACAGCAAAUCCCACUUCUUGGUCAGUUCUAUAUAACUAUUGUUGUUGAUCCUGCGAUGCAGAGACUUUUGUUUUGAGAGAGAUGCGGCAGCCCACCAUUACCAAUUCUGUUGGCUCUACCAACUCACCCAUUAUCACUGCUCGAAGUGUACACCCUAAAUCAUCUUUCUCACUAAAAUUUCCAAUUAUGUGUUUGUUUGAAAUUACGAGAAUCUAUCUGUUAAUCAGUAAUGAAUUUGAUAUACGCUUGAUUGUACUUUCUGAUUAACUAAGCUCGUGUUUCAUAAGGCAUAAAUUAUGGUGGCUGAAGGGACAUCAUAAAGAGGCUCAUGAUGUGGCCAAUGUGACCGGUAGGUAAUUACCAGGAGUAGGUUACAAGUGCCUUUAAAGUGAUAUUAAUCAAUUUUAUUUUAACUAAAGGUUAAUGGAUAUAAGUCUCUUUGUUUGGAAACCACGAUGUACUGCAGCUCUUGCUGGUGAAUGGAUAUUUUUAAUGUUUUUUCAGCCUUGCUUUUUUUUUUUUUUUAAUUAUUAUUAUGGGAUUAUGACCUAAAUUAACCAGCGUCAAAUUGACAAUCUAAAACUGAGAUAAAACUGCCAUUCAUGGUGAAAUGACAACUCUUCCCCAUUGAUUGUAUGUUGCUUUUUUGUUCCCACAAAAUUCUUUAAAAGAAAUGAAUGAGGAUAUGUAAUUUUGUAUUUUAUGGUGAUACUAUUGAAGUGUGCUCCAAAUCUAGAUGAUCCACUUUCAAAUAACAUAGCAACACAAUGGAAGUCAAAUGAUGCACAUGCCGUGGAAACGGGUAGUUAAUAGCAAUGUACUUCCAUUGUUUUUGUUUAUUUUAAGAAAUUAAACCUCACAUUCAACAUUGGACUAUUUUUUAUAUUUGUUUACAGGAGAACAUAUAUAUUAUUUGGAAAUGUUUUCGAGAGCCCUGCAUUGAAUGAAUUUAUUCCACAAUGAAGUACCCAGGACCAAAGGGAUAUUAGUGGCCAAGAACAUCAGCUGUGGUUUUGGAUCUUUUAUUUUGGAUGAAAGGGGCAUUUUGGUCAAAAAUCCAGAGUCACGAUAUUACCGACUGGAAGUGGGAAAUUUGUUGGGUUUCAUAUAUCAUGCUCCAAAAGCCGUUAGUGAGGAGAGAGUUCACAGUACACUAUAGUAGAUAGUAGCGGUCUAUAAGUGGGUCCGAGAGUCUCGAGUCACCACACUUCCAUCCAACCGACUAUCACUUCUUCUCUGUUCAUUUUGAAUUUGAAGUAUUUUUCUGAUUUGCACAUCAACUUGAAUUGAAAUCAAAUCUGUUUCUCGUGAUUCAUAUAUAACACCCACAGCCUAGUGUUGUGAAACAAUCUACAGCGAGAUUCAAAUGACAACAGCUAGUUCUAGCGAUUCGCCUCUUGUUGCUCAAAGGUUAUUAGGAAAGGUGGCUUUGGUAACAGGUGGUGCAACCGGUAUCGGAGAGAGCAUCGUGCGUCUUUUCCACAAACACGGUGCAAAAGUUUGUGUAGUCGACAUCAAAGAUGACCUCGGCCAACACUUAUGUGAGACCCUCGGUCCCACCACCCGUUUCAUCCACGCUGACGUGGCAAUCGAGUACGACCUCUCCCGUGCAGUCGACUUCUCAGUCUCCAAUUUCGGCACACUCGAUAUCAUGGUCAACAACGCCGGUAUAAGCGGGCCACCUUGCCCAGACAUCCGUGAAUUUCCCAUAUCGACCUUCGAACAAAUAUUCAAUGUCAACACCAAAGGCACAUUUAUCGGGAUGAAACACGCAGCUAGGAUCAUGAUCCCAUUAAAAAAAGGCUCGAUUGUUAAUAUUUCUAGUGUGGCAAGUGUUACGGGAGGGUUGGGCCCGCAUGCGUAUACCGCGUCCAAACACGCGGUUGUGGGGUUGACAAAAGGUGCGGCGGCUGAGCUCGGGAAACAUGGGAUUCGUGUGAACUGUGUGUCACCGUAUGGGGUUUUGACGGACCUCGCGUUGGCACAUCUUUAUGAGGAUGAACGGACAGAUGAUGCCAAGGCGGGGUUCAGAGCUUUUAUCGGGAAGAAUGCUAACUUGCAGGGUGUGGAGUUGGAGCGGGAUGACGUGGCGAACGCGGUGUUGUUUUUAGCAAGUGAUGACGCGAGGUAUAUAAGUGGGGACAAUCUGUUUGUUGAUGGUGGUUUCGCAGCUACAAAUCACUCACUUCGUGUGUUUCGGUGAUUGUUUUAAUUUUAUAUAUGAGUUGUAAUGUUUUAUUGUUGGAUUUGUGUGCAUUGAAUAAAAGUUUUGGAACUUUUUAACU